AAGAACGAGUUACCAAUACAGCAGCAAUCAGCGCCUGGGACAAGAAGAAUAUAUCUGCGAUGUGGAUUAUUUACUCAUCAAUUCAGGAGGAAAAAUCAAGAGCUCUAAUGUCAUGCGACCUGGCUCAAGAAAUGUGGAGCCGAAUGGAGACUGCGUACUCGGAAACUUCUGACGAGAUUGCCCCGGUAUUGUGGAGGAAGUUCUAUGGAUCCAAAAUCCAACAAGGGCAAAGUGUCAUGGAGUUCAUGACGGAAAUGGAGCAAAUAGUGUCUCGCCUGAGGGCGAUUAAUGGGGUAGCCCUUGAAGACGGCCAGAUCAUUACGCAAAUACUAAUGUCUCUUCCACCUAGCCUGAAGCUGAAUUUUGUAGUAGCGUGGGACAGUACCCCAGCACAGGAGAAGACCCUGAAAAACUUGACAACCCGUCUUGUUAAAUUAGAGAAAAACGUCAAGCAGAGUGAAGAGGAAAACUCGUCUAAUGCUCUGGUGAGCAUGAGAGUAUCUGAAAACAAAAACUCAGGAGAAUCUGAAGAGAAGGCAUUUCCGGUCCGGGACAACAAGUUGAAAAGAGGAAAUGAAGAUAAGCGAAAGUGCUGGGAAUGUGGAGAUGACUCUCACGUCAGAGCCAAGUGUAGAAUCUUUAAGCGCCGCCUAGAAAGAGAAGAAGACGAUCGAAAUUACAAAAGAAGAAGGUACGAGCCAUCAAACCGAGAAAACAACCGACAUCACGACAGAAACUCUGAGAGCAGAGACAAGCGGCAUGAUAACAGAAACCGGAGAGACGAAAACAGGGGUCGAAGAGAACAUAGUUACUCGGCAAUGCAAUCAAGAGAUAACAACAACAACAAACAGUAA